UCUCUCACUCUCUCACUUCCUUCUCUCUCUGUGUAUCAACUUUCAAUACAUUAUCCAUUCAACUGUGUGCACCAAUCCAAUAUUUCAUAUCUUUAAGUGGCUAGCAGGGAACGAGUGGUCGGUGAAGGAAGGAGUAAGCAUCCUUCUGCUGCAGUUAUCUGCAAAAGGUAACUAAACAAAGAGGGACUUUGAAGAAGCAAAGGUGAAAAGUGGGAUUUUUCUAUUUUUCUUUUUUCCCCUUUUUGUUAUGGACUGGAAUUUGAAAGCACCUUCUUGGGAAUUGGGGGAUGUGGAUAAGGCAACCAUACCCAACAUAGGAACAAUGGAGGAGCCAAGCAGAUUUGGAGUCUAUAGAAUGAAAGGGGAGUUUUCUGUUGACUUGAAGCUUGGUCAGGUGGGGAAUUCUGGCACUGAAUCAGUGCAUGUCAAGUCUAAAGAUGCUGCUGGUGUUGGUGUUGGUAUCUCCAAAGUGGCAUCCUCACCUUCAGGGUCUUCUAAGAGAGCUAGAGCCAUUAACAAUGCAACCAUGACAGUGUCAUGCCUUGUUGAUGGGUGCAAUUCUGAUCUUAGUAAUUGUAGAGAUUAUCAUAGGCGCCAUAAGGUCUGUGAACUACAUUCCAAGACUCCAGAGGUCACAAUUGGGGGCUUGAAGCAAAGGUUUUGCCAACAGUGUAGCAGGUUCCAUUCGCUGGAGGAAUUUGAUGAAAGAAAAAGAAGCUGCAGAAAACGUUUAGAUGGACACAACAGAAGGAGAAGAAAGCCUCAGCCUGAACCCCUCACGAGACCUGGUAGUUUUUUGUCCAAUUACCAAGGCACCCAGUUGCUACCGUUCUCAAGUGCACAUGUAUAUCCUUCAACUGCAGUGGUGAACCCCACUUGGAGUGGAGGACUUGUUACUUCCUCUGCAGAUGCUAGGCUUCACAACCACAGCCACAACCAGCAAGUGCAUUUUCUUGGGUCUUCUCUAAGCAGCUAUAAAGAUCAAGGGAAGCAACUAGCGUUCUUACAAUGUGACAACAGCCAAACCCCACCUUUUGAAGCUGCUUCUGUGUGCCACACACUUGUGAGGAGCAACCCUUUAUCAGAAACUUGUGGGGUUAGAAGCAAAAUGUUGUGUGAUAGCUUAACAACUUCAGUUCACGACUCCCCCUGUGCUCUCUCUCUUCUGUCAUCAUCACAGACACACACACCUUUGAACCAAAUGGUGGUGCAACCUUCUUCAAUGUCCCUUAUGCAAUCCUUAGGCCUCAGCUUGCAAGAUAGCAGCUUAGAGUCGGUGGAGCGUGUCUUGGUUCCCAAUGGGAGUGACCAUUGUUCCUCAAUGUAUAACUUGGGUUCUGAUGGAUCCCAGUGCAAUGAAGCCCCUCAACUUUUUCCCUUUCAAUGGGAAUAGAGACUUUUAUUUUAUG